AUGCAUUAUUUACCGCUAGCUGCCAUAGACGCGGAAUAUGAAGAGAAACUUGCUGAAGAAAUAAAAAAAAAGUUAAGUCAAAAAGAAAUUGAAAUGGAGGGAUUAAUUCAAGAGAGGCUCAAGAAUGAGGUGGAACAUUUGAAAGACCGAUUCGAAUUCAUACUGCAAAAUGAACAAGUAAGAACUUCGUACAUGUUACGAGAAGCACACAGAGAACGCAAAGAGAAGAUAUCAGCUCUUCAAACUCAGCUGGAAUGCAAGAACUUGGCAGGUUUGAUGUACAUCAUGUGCUCUGAGAGACGGAAGAGUAAACUUGAAAAAAUGAAGUUAACUGAAGAAUACACCAAUUAUAUACAAGGCUUACAGAAUAUUUUAGCUGAGAGCCAAUCUCUUAUACUGCGUCUCUCGCGAGGUUACAAGACUGCAGCUAGAGUAGAUAACGAAUGGCGGGAGAAGAUGAUGAAAGUUGUUAAACAUUUCCAAAAUUUCGUAAACAAUUUCGUCGGAGGAACUCCAGAAGCGAACCAGUUUCUGCUCGAUUUACCAGCCUUAUUUAAGAUAGAUGCACCCAUAGAAGAUAAUCCCCAAGAAGAUCCAUGCGAGGAUGAAGAAAUUUCCGUUAAAGAAGAAAUUGAGCCUAGUAAGCAAUGGUGGGAGAUGGUGGAUGAUGAAAAUCGACCAUUCGUCAUGUUUGGAGAUAUGGCUGACUUCAAUCCGCCGCAACGCAGAGAAGUAUUAAAAUCUGUGAAAGCUGCUAAAUCAGCGCCAAAGAAGUGGAAAGAAUACGUUUUCAACGAAAUGUUCCUGAAAUCGAAAUGUCCACACUCGCACGUCAUAAAGAAUGAAUACUUGAGAGGAAUGCCUUCGCCCGGAAAAUGGGAGUGCACCCAAACAGAACAUCAGACAUUAUCGCAUGGAUCCGAAACGAGCCGACGUAUAACAACCGCUUCUGUUGACAUCCGAGCCAACAUGGGGUCUAUCUUAAAAAUGAUCACGUCAAAUGGAACACCACAUACACAUAAAAAUACACUACUCGGAGCAAGAGAUUCCAUGGAAAUUGCAUCUACAACAAAAUUGGACUCAAUCUUCAAUGAAAUGUAUUCGGAAGCAGGACCAGAAAAUGAAGACGUAGAAGAGCAUGAACCGGUACCGAGGGAGACCACGUCUCAAAUGGAAGAUGAAGAAGUCGGCGAUGAAUCAAUGUCAACCCUUGGAAGCGUACAUAACGACAGCUUGCAAAUAAUUUCACACGUGCCAGACUUUGAUCACAAGAUUAAUUACGAAAAGAUUUGUCCAAUGGAGAAAUGUCAGAAGUUACAAGUGGACUCGUUCAUACGGAGUCUCCCCGCAUAUAUGCGUACCAGUCCGUUCACGCACAUUGAACAGACUUACGAUGAAUACGAAGCUUGCUCGCCAGAACAACUGGAAAUCCUAAAAAAGAGGAUAGAAGAGAAGAAAAAGAGAGAAAAGGUUGAUUUCGUUGUAACAGAAAUAAAUCCUCUGCUAUCCUGGACGCCCAGUCUAGAUGGAGUAGCCGUGCAGACAUCAGACAUAUCAAUGUCGUUACCACCCUGCACCUGUCGAGUACCAAGUCCAUCACCAGUGUCAAGCACACAACACGUCUUUACUGUGGCAGAUUUGAUUCCCGUUAAACAAAAAGUUAACGAAAUCGAUGCGGAAUGUUUCUUCGAUGAUAGCAUUGAAUUUAAUCGGUUCAAAGUUAUUGGACGAGAUGAAAGUAGAGAAAAUACGUAUGAUAAGGUUAAGAAUUCUACCAGAAAUAGAUUGGAUGAGAUCAAAAACAUAUUAAAACAACACCCAAGCCUGUACGACAUAUUUCAAGCAAAUAUUCGUUGUUGA